GGCCAAGUAAUAUUCAAACACAUUUUGAAUGUCGCUCGAUAAGCAAACACUCAAAAUUCCAAAAAUCACAAGCCCAGGGCGUCGCCAUCAACUGUUUUUAAUCUUUGCUUCCAACUCAGAUCGGGAAAUAAUCGCACUAUUUGCAUAGAUUCGGAGAUGGACGGAGGAGGGGACAACCAGCUGGCGGCAAGAUCCUUUUGGAGAGACGCGUUUAACUACUUCGAAGGAGUUCCUGCCCACAAUUAUACACCUCCUGAUCCUGCGCAAGGUGAAGCAAAUGCAGAUGCCUUGCAUGUGGCCCUACAUGCCCUGUUCUUAUCUGAACUGUCUGACGAUUCGGGUUUCGAGUCUGGAAGUGAGAGUGACUAAAAGAAAAUGGCUUGAAGAAGAUCCUUAGAAAAAGAGUAAAUUUGUACUUCUGUAAAUUCAUAACUCUGCAAAGAAUAUCUGUCUCAAUCGUUAGAAUAAACAUAACUAUAUAAUGUCA